UGAAAACCUCUCCGUCUGUUUAUAUGCAGGACAAAAGUUUUGAUUUUAUAUUGCUUAACUGCUUCAGACACAGUCACGUCUCCGGUAAUUGAAAACCGCAAGACGGUUAGGUUCUUAUUAAACGACCCACAAAGCAAGAAAACUGGCCCCUCCACUGCCUGUCACCAUGCCCGCCCUGCUGGAGAGACCCAAGCUGUCCAACGCGAUGGCCAGAGCCCUCCACAAACACAUCAUGAGGGAGAGGGAGCGCAAGAGACAAGAGGAGGAAGAGGUGGACAAAAUGAUGGAGCAGAAGAUGAAGGAGGAGGAAGAAAGGAAGAGGACAAAAGAAAUAGAGGAGAGGAUGUCUUUGGAGGAAACCAAAGAACAGGUAAUGAAGAUGGGGGAAAAACUUCAGGGUCUUCAAGAAGAGAAACACCAGCUCUUCCUACAGCUCAAGAAAGUGCUUCAUGAAGAGGAAAAGAGACGCAGAAAGGAGCAGAGUGAUAUCACAACAUUGACAUCAGCCAGCUACCAAUCCAGCCUGCCCAUGCAUGCAGGGCAGCACCUCCUCAGCAUUCAAGGCAGUCCAGUGAGCCACAGUCGGCCUGGCGCACUGCUUGGAGAACGAAACAAACAGCUGUUCCCAGCUGCUGUGAUUCCAGCACGUCACUAUCAGACGCCGGGGUUCAGCUCAGGCUCAGCAGAGCACGGACAGUUCAGCGGAGGCCAGGGGGUCCACGAACCCUAUGGGGUGGCUCAGUCCCAGCAUCCCUCCACUUACGCCCCUGGACCAUCUGUACCUGUCAGCUUUGCUAGCAGCUCUCAGAUCAGAGGUGCAUCUGCGUUUCCGGGGAUGCAGUACCUCCCCCACCAGCAGCCCGGCUACCCCGUCCACAAUCACUUCACCUCCCAGCCUGGAUACAUUCCUGGAGCAGGAAUACCCCUCCAGAAGCAGCUGGAACAUGCCAACCAACAGUCAGGCUUUACUGAUGCUGGUGCUUUAAGGCCUAUGCACCCACCAGCCAUGCAUCCUUCUGCUCCAGGACUUCUGCCCACACCAUCGAUGGCAGUGCAGAUUCCCACUGCAAAGUCCCCGUUCCAGAGCUCUCCUCAGGGUGCUCCUCGCCACAGCUUCCUCUCCCACAGCCAGAGCGGGCCGAGGUUCUACCACCAUGGCAAGUAACUUGCAGCCACCUUUACCUUCAUUUUGGCGCUGAGAUUUCACAGCCUCGUUCAAGAUUCUGGAUUCGACUUCUUGAAACUAAUGUCAUUAGGCUGGAUUACGCCAUGUGAUUGGUUUUAUUUCCUGUAUAGUAUCUCGUUUUGAGCUUUGUAUACACUUUGUUAAUGAGUGAUGAGCAGUCCUCAUGCUUCUGAUUGUUCACAUAACUUCAAAUGCUGUUCAUUUGUAAAAUAUAUUAUUUUACCUACACUGUAAAGCCAUCUGGAGGUGCUUAUGUGCACUACAAUGUUAAUAUCUUGUAUAAAGCAACAGUGCAUGAACCAGAGCUGCUUCUUUGUCUACUAACAUUCAUAAUUACGACAUCAGUGGAGGGUUUACUGUCUCUGCGGUGACUUCGCUCGAGUGAAGGUAAACAUUCAGCAUCACGUAGUAGUUGAAUUUCGAAUACAUGGAUUUAAAUGCCAUGUUUCUGCUGAGAUCACACACACACACCGAUGAACACUACGAAAGCUGAAACACAUUGAUGUAACUGAAAGAUUUCAAUGUGUUGCUGACUCCUGGUUAAUCACAUUGGACCUGGAAGACCAUUUUUCUGACAGAAUUAUGGAGUUUAGCAUAAAUGAAGUAUAAGUCUCUGUUGUUUUCAAAGUUUUUAUGUUACUAAAUAAAACGAUAAGCAA